AUGGCCAUCACUGAGCUUAUCUUCCCAUCUAUCAAAACCGAUCCGGCUUCUCUCAUCGAGAUUGAGCGAGAUUGGCCCACAAUCAGCAAACGAUUGAUCGACCCAAACCCCGGCUUGCUGAAUGCUUUCCGUGGAUUCAUUCUGACUGAGAACGGAGUGGAUGUACGAGAUGCGUACAGAGAGUUUCUGCUUUUUGAGUGGGUUAAGGCAGAAGACUUUCAAGCCUUCAUCAAGUCGGACCAAUUUGCCAACUUCGCCAGCUCAAUCAAACACCUAGUUACUGGCCCACCUACGCUACAGCUGUUCGAAACAAACUUCAGCCCCAGGGAGGCGGCUUCGGCGUCCGUUGUUGAGAUCGUUCGGUUAAGUGUCUCAAGCCCUGAGCAAGUCGUCGCAUCAACGCAAGCAUGGGGUCAACUUGCCCGGAGCCUCAACGCCAAACACACACCAAUGACAUAUGGAACUAGCACAAACCUUGAAAACAGUGUUGUCGUCGGAAUCAUUGGAUGGAGUAGUGAAGAGACUCGGUCCCAGAUAGUGGAGGAGCCUGUGUGCGUUGAAGCUCUGCGGUCAUUACAGCGUUUGGGAACUCUCAAUAAUAUUGUGGUUGCUGUUGAUGCAAUGGAUCUACCUCCCCUGUGA